GCUGUCAGGAUCAAUCUGGACACCCAGCUAGCUAGCAUUUUGUCAUUAGCUAUAUUUAUUGAUAAGCUUUUUACGACACUUGCUAAAACGUCGAAUAAAGUAUCAGUACGGUGUUAUUUAUUAUGUAGUAUAAAAUAAUUCAUAAUAAAGCAACUAAUUGUUUAAGUUAGGAAUAUUUAACAGUUCGGUUAGUAAAGGUAAAUUAGCCUAGCUAGCCGGUAUCCGUUCACGCGUUGUAAAAAUGGCUGCUGCUGUGAUGCAAGUAGGAGUGAGCCAGGCUCUGAGAACACAGCUACAGAAGCUCAUAUGGACAAGAGGAACAGUCAGACAUGCAUCUGUGGGGGGGAUAGAGAAAGUCCUCAUUGCUAACCGAGGAGAGAUAGCAUGCAGAGUGAUGCGCACAGCAAAAAAGAUGGGAGUCCGUUCUGUUGCUGUGUAUAGUGAUGCAGACAGGCACUCUAUGCAUGUGGCCAUGGCAGACGAAGCAUACCAUAUUGGAGCAGCACCAUCACAACAGAGUUAUUUAUGCAUGGAGAAAGUUCUAGAAGUUGCCAAGAAAUCCUCAUCACAGGCUGUCCACCCUGGGUACGGCUUCCUGUCUGAGAACACAGAGUUUGCUGAACUGUGCAAAGAGGAAGGCAUCAUCUUCAUUGGGCCUCCAUCAUCAGCAAUUCGUGAUAUGGGCAUCAAGAGCACAUCUAAACACAUUAUGUCUGCUGCGGGCGUUCCCAUCAUUGAGGGUUACCAUGGGGAGGACCAAUCAGAUGAGAAGCUUCAAGCUGAAGCUGCCAGGAUUGGUUAUCCUGUUAUGAUCAAAGCUGUACGAGGUGGAGGUGGGAAGGGAAUGCGUAUUGCUCGCUCGGAAGCAGAAUUUCACGAGCAGCUGGAAUCUGCCAGAAGAGAAGCUCGUAAAUCUUUCAAUGAUGAUGUCAUGCUGGUGGAGAAGUUUGUGGACAACCCCAGGCAUGUGGAGGUGCAGGUGUUUGGGGAUCAACAUGGUAAUGCUGUGUAUCUGUUUGAGAGAGACUGCAGCGUGCAGAGGAGACACCAGAAGAUUAUAGAAGAAGCACCAGGGCCUGAUAUUAGUCCAGAAGUGAGGCGUAAACUAGGAGAAGCGGCAGUCCGGGCAGCUAAAGCAGUAAACUAUGUGGGAGCAGGCACUGUGGAGUUCAUUAUGGAUGCUCAGCACAAUUUCUACUUCAUGGAGAUGAACACUCGUUUGCAGGUGGAGCACCCUGUGUCUGAGAUGAUCACUGGUACAGACCUGGUGGAGUGGCAGCUCAGGGUGGCUGCUGGAGAGAAGCUUCCUCUCUCUCAGGACGAGAUUGUGCUGCGAGGUCACUCAUUUGAGGCCCGCAUCUAUGCUGAAGACCCCAGUAACGACUUCCUGCCUGGAGCCGGACCCCUGCUGCACCUUUCCACGCCACAGGAGGAGACGCACACACGCAUCGAAACCGGAGUACGGCAAGGAGAUGAGGUUUCGGCUCAUUAUGACCCGAUGAUCGCUAAGCUGGUGGUUUGGGGAGAGGAUCGCUCAGCUGCUCUGAAGAAACUGCGCUACUGCUUACGCCAGUACAAUAUUGUGGGUCUCAACACUAACAUCGAUUUCCUGUUAAGUCUUUCGGGUCAUCCGGAGUUCGAGGCUGGAAAUGUUCACACCAGCUUCAUCCAGCAGCACUACGAUCAGCUGUUUCCCAAACCGACUGCACCAGGAGGAGACGUGGUGUGUCAGGCUGCUCUCGGACUUCUGCUACAGGAGAGAGAACACACACUGGAGUUUCUGCGCCAAUCUCAUGACGUGUUUUCUCCUUUCGGCUUGGGUAAUGGGAGCCGGCUCAACGUGCUGUACUGCAGGAACCUGACACUACAGCUGGGGGGAAACAAAGUUACAAUAGCUGUGACUUACAAUCCAGACGGGACGUACAGCAUGGAGACUGGAGGCCAGGUGUUCCAGGCGUCAGGUGAGCUGCAGAAAGUGGGCGGAGCCACAUAUCUUCAUUGCUGCGUGAAUGGAGUUCUGUCUCGACCCAAACUGGUCAUAAUGGACAACACGGUUCAUCUCUUCUCCAUGGAGGGCAGUGCGGAGGUGAAAGUGCCUUUACCGAAGUUCUUGGCUGGUGUGAGUUCCUCUGGGGCACAAGAUGGCGCUGUGGCACCCAUGACUGGAACCAUUGAAAAAGUCCUUGUGAAGGUGGGAGAUGUCGUGCAGAAGGGAGAUCCUCUCAUAGUCAUGAUCGCAAUGAAGAUGGAGCACAUGAUCCGCGCUCCUAAAGCAGGUGUCAUUAAGAAGGUCCUGUUUAAAGAAGGUUCACAGGCUAAUCGUCAUGCAACGCUGGUGGAAAUGGAGGAGGAACAGGAGGAAGUGGCACAAUCCUGAACAGAGAACGAGUGCGUCCCUGAUAGACUUCACACGUACAGUUAUCACUUAUUAACUUGAGUUCUUCAGCGCUGAAGUGUGGCGUAAUGGCUCAGUAUAAGCGACGCGAACUCUCAUUAGUGACUUCACUCAAGAGAUCCUGAGUUUAUAAUUUAACCCAAGUUAAAUAAGCUCAACACUAAUGGUUAACUGUUGGUAGUUUUAUUUUUUAAAACAAGCAAAAUCCUCCGUUACCUUUUCUGCACAAACACUGUGAGAAUGUGAGUUUUGUUCUUUUGGUGUUUCUCAUAUGGGAUUAUUAUUAUUAUUUUUUUUGAUGCAUCAUGGUAUAGCUUUUUUCCCUUCCUGGUAUACAGUUUUUGUUGCCAUGCCCCCCAAAAAAACAAAAUGAGGCCUCAUAAUGGCAUUUUUUCUCCUCAGUAAGAGAUUUACAGAGUAAGGAUUUUUUUUUUUAAUAAUUUUUUGAAUAUUUGAUGCAUGCUAUGGUUCAGUCAAUGAUUCAUCAUGCAGUCGGUCAUAAACAUACUGAUUAUCCCUUUUUUGUUGAAGGCUUUAUGCAUAAAUGCCAUGUAUAAAGUACAUUUUUUUAAAAACAAGUUUUAUUUUCUGUAAAUAGAAUUUCCAUAAACAGCAAUUGAACACUUUCACUGUCAGGAGAGGACAAUUACAGUAACAUACUUCAUUGACAUUUUUUCUUUAAAUGGAAAUGAACCAGGAAAUGAAGCUCUGGCCUCACAGCCAGACUGGACGAUCCUUGGCCCAGAGAUUCUUAUUGCUACUGUCUCUGAGAAACACACACACACAGCAUAAGCGCACACACACUGAACUAUCAGUUUAUUAGCUGGAACACUGGAGUCACUAAUAACCUGGCAGCUGAGUGUGGAUCGUUUGACAUGAAUUGAGUUGGCUGUUGCCCUGUGUGUUCCCUGACAAAAAAAGUGGUUUAACCAAGAAGUACAUAGUUGACAGAAAAAAACAAAAACAAAAAAAAACAGUUCCUCAUCU